CGAAUGAGUGUUCAGUUCACUUCACAAUCAAUGACAGAUAGUAAGAAAUUAGGUUUCUUCUGAAAGUAAAGGCUGGCCAUUCGUGUUUCCACCGAGUGAACAUGAAGAUUCGUACAGUUGUGUUGUUUUGUGCUUUCAUAAUCCAGGGAUCCAGUGAAGUGUUUCUUGAUAAAGGUGACGCCAGUUCUGUCCUCGCAGACAACUCGGGUUUCCUGGAGGAGAUGAAGCGCGGGAAUCUUGAGCGCGAGUGUAUCGAAGAAAUCUGCGAUUAUGAAGAAGCGCGCGAAGUGUUCGAGGACGACACGAAGACAAAGCAGUUCUGGUUGAGUUAUUCUGCUAAGGAACCCUGCUUGACGAAUCCAUGCAAGAACAACGGCACAUGCAUUUAUCUGGCCAACACCUACUACUGCAUGUGUCUGGAGUGCUUUGAGGGCAAAUACUGUGAGAAGGGGUUAGAGGAAACACUGAAGUGUCAGUAUGUGAAUGGAGGUUGUGAACACUUCUGUGACGGUUCUGGGCUCAGACGCGCAUGCAGCUGUGCCACGGGUUACACUCUCACAGCUGAUGGGAUGUCAUGUGUUGCUCAAGUUGAGUAUCCGUGUGGAAAAGUUCCUGUUCAGAAAAACACAGUUCAUUCUCAAACACAGUUUGUGGGUGGAAUUCACUGUCCCAGAGGUCACUAUCCAUGGCAGGUGUUGAUUGAUUAUUACGGUGUGAGUUUAUGUGGAGGGGCUCUUCUGGACAAUAAUUGGGUGAUAACAGCUGCUCACUGCGUUCAGAAGAAGGAUAUGAAACAUAUGAAGGUUAUCACAGGUGAUCAUGAUCUGGAUGUUAAUGAUGGCUCAGAGGAGGCGUAUGAUGUAAUUUCUGUGGUUAUACAUGAGAAGUAUGACCCUGUGACACUGGACAGUGACCUGGCCCUCCUUCGACUUCGUGAAAAACCCACGCCCUCAGUGUACGCCGUGCCCAUCUGCCUGCCCACGCCACAGCUGGCACAGAGCGAGCUAGCUGCCGCCCGCUUCCACACCGUCAGCGGAUGGGGCAAACACACUGAAGGGGGCAACAUUCACCCGUCUAAGGGUCUUAAAGCUCCGUCAUCUCCGAUAAUGCAGUGUCUGGCCGUACCGCUGAUACCCACAGCAGAGUGUGUGUUAAAGAGUGGCGUUAACAUCACUGACAACAUGUUCUGUGCCGGUUACGCUGAGGGCACCCAUGAGUCCUGCAGAGGAAAUGAUGGCAGUCCUCUGAUCACGCAGUACAAGGGGACAUCUUUCCUGACGGGCGUUGUCACAUGGGGUAAAGGAUGUGAUCAGCCUGGAUACUAUGGUAUUUACACCAAGGUGUCCAACUUCCUGAACUGGCUUGAACAAAAACAGGUGAAGCAGCUGAAUAAUACUGCAGUUGAGCAGUACAUUCACAAUUAAUGUCUUAAUUGAAGGCAAAGUGCAGGUUUAUGUAAGGAUGAAUCCAAAUGUUCAAGAUUGGGCUGGUCAAAAUGGAGGAGUAAAUCUUGAGUAACAACAAAUCAGGUCUAGAGUGGUUAUGGCACUGGGUUUACUGUAAUUACUGAUGACAUUUGAAAUAAAACAGUCAUUCUGAAUGUG